GGGGCCGGGGCGGUAGCCCAGCGAUCCGCGGCUCGGCCCGCGACUUACAGUCACUUUGCCUGCUGUGGGCGCUUCCGGUUCCGGUACGAGGAACCGCACGGGAUCCGAGGCGCCGGGCAUGGCGGGGAGCCGCCUGGAAACCGUGGGGAGCAUUUUCUCGCGGACGCGGGACCUGAUGCGGGCUGGUGUGUUGAAGGAGAAGCCCCUCUGGUUUGACAUAUAUAAUGCCUUCCCGCCACUGAGGGAGCCGGUCUUCCGAAGGCCCCACUUGCGAUACGGCAAAGCGAAAGCUCACAUCCAGGACAUUUUCUACCACGAGGAUCGGAUUAGAGCGAAAUUUUAUUCAACCUAUGGAUCUGGUCCAAAAGCUUUUGAUCUGUUCAAUCCAAACUUCAAGUCUACCUGUCAACGGUUUGUGGAGAAGUACAUUGAGCUACAGAAACUUGGAGAAACAGAUGAAGAGAAGUUAUUUGUGGAAGCAGGGAAGGCUUUAUUGGCAGAAGGUGUCAUUUUAAGACGAGUAGGAGAGGCAAAGACUCAACAGGAUGGUAGUCACAUUUCCUGGAAAUCUGAACCCAUGGGUGUCGAGCCCCAGACUGCGUUGGAGGAGAACCAGUCUCUGAAAGAAGAUCCACAGGCCCAGCAUUUGGGGGCACCUGGAGAGCAGUCGACAGGCCUCUCACCUCCCUGAAGAAUUGUAUGCUGUGUACACUGACAUCCAGACUGGAUUCACUGCGUGAAUGUUGUACUGUUUUUAACAGUUGAACUGUGUAAAUGUUUCUCGAUCUCUAAGGCAUCACGUUUGCCUUCUCUUGGUUUCCACUUCCAGGUUGUCAUAAAGCUCUGUAUCAUGGUUUGAAGAAGCAGUUAUGUGAACUUUUAUGUUAGGGCCGUAUUAAAACAAAGAAUUCCUCGGUGCUUAUAAAGUAAAUUUACUUUAAAACUGUAAAUAGCAUGAGGAAACCUUUGUAAGUAUUGUUUGAAUGGGACUCAGUAGGUUUGCUUGGGGUUUUGUGUUCACAUUUGAUUCUCUGGUAUGUUUCCCUUCUCUCUUUUUUUAAUUUUUUUUAUUUUUUUUGCGGUACGCGGGCCUCUCACUGCUGUGGCCUCUCCCACAGAUUGUACACCUUGCACAUGGUGCUCAGGUAAUGGAAGGUCGAUGAGUACAUGAGGCAAAAGCCAUUCUCAGCCAUGCUGCUUCUCCCCCACGCCUUUAUCACUGUUGUACAAUUCCUCUUGUUUAGGGAAUGCUUUACAUUUAGAUGGGGAAGUAAAUUACAUCCAUUCGACAUCAGGCAACCAUUGGGUGCCAGAUACCGGGCCUGGCCUUGGGAGGAAGACUGCGGCAGGUGGAGCAGUUGGUUCUGUUCUCAGAAGAGCGAUCGUGGCUCCCUCAUGCUCAGAAACCUUAUCUUUCUGGGAUUUAAAAGGUGGUUUCUUUUUUUAAAAUUUUUAUUUAUUUAUUUUUUUCCGGUACGCGGGCCUCUCACUGCUGUGGCCUCUCCCGCUGCAGAGCACAGGCUCCGGACGCGCAGGCUCAGCGGCCAUGGCUCACGGGCCCAGCCGCUCUGCGGCAUGUGGGAUCCUCCCGGACCGGGGCACGAACCUGUGUCCCCUGCAUCGGCAGGCAGACUCUCAACCACUGCGCCACCAGGGAAGCCCAAGGUGGUUUCUUUGUCACAGAAAUGAAGACGUUUAAAAAAAUUAUUUGUUGCAUAAUUAAACAAAAAGUUAUACAUGCUCAUGGUUCAAAACUUGAAGGUGAAAAGUCAGUCUUUCCACUUCUGUUCCCUGGCCCUCCCAUUUUCCCUUCUCUGCGGCCACCACUAUCACCUUUCUUUCCAGAAAUAAUUUUGAGUGUGUACAGGGGGACACAACGUAUGCUGUUCUGUACCUUGUUUUCCACUUAAUGUCUCAGAGAUCCUUCAUAUGGACGUGUAGCAAACCUUUAGGUUGAACCUCAGUGAUCAAAACACAGUCAAAGGGAAUGUCAUUGUGAGCGGCUGGGUGGCGGCUGCCAGUUCCCACAGAGCCGGGUUGGGUUGCACGAUAUGAGGAGAGGUCUUCGUGCUGCGGGGCUGGGUUGGGAGCGUGCUCCCGCCUUCCCUGUCCCCCACCCCGAGCCAGAGAGAGAACCCAGGAGCCCCAGCGCCCCAAACAGAAGGAUCCCUGAACAGCCACCCCCCUCCCCACUGGCAGCUGCUAGGGGGGUGGGUGACCAAAGUCUAGGCUUCUGAGAAAGCCAGGAUGGGAAAUCUUUAAAAAGAAAAAAACAAAACAUUGUCAAAGGUGUGAAGCUUCCUUGGGGAAUUCAGAACUCUUCCCAUGGUCAGUGUGGGCAAAAGCCAUCACCAGGUCCCUAUAGUGUUUGGAGAGAAUGGAAGUAUGACCUCAUUCUCGGCCUUCUUUAAGGAGCUUAAAAUCUAGUUGGGAAAAUAAGAGUGACUUUCAAAACAAGAUGAACAGGAAUCGUUUUAAAUUACGGAAGUGUAGAGAGUCGGGGAGAGGGAUGAGCCCUGGACUAGUCUAGGACCACUGCCUGGAGAGCCUUGAAGGGCAGGUGGGAUGUGAAGUGUGUGUGCUGUUUCUUUUGCCAGGAGCACCUCCCUGCCACCGCAGUGUUUAGAAACCAUACCUUCACAGCCCUUUCAAAAGCUAUCUCUGCUCGCAAGGUUUACCAACAUCCAAACUGAGUCUCAAGUCCCUGUCGAGACACUUCCAGGCUGCGCUCACUGCAUUCGCACCCUGGGUCUGCUCUUUGUACUCCUGCCUGGUUGACCCUGGUCCUCCAUGCCAGAGGUAACUAUCCUCUCCCUGUUGAGAGUGUGAACAACAGCAGAAAUUCUUGUUUGUAUGCACUACAUCAUUAAAUCAGGAGUAGACCCCCCUAUGUGGGUUCGCUGAGCUGAAGCCAAGGAAGGCACGUGUCCAGGUUACAGGGAAGUUUGCACCAGACAAGUCUGAAGGUCUGGGUUCUAGUUCUGGUUGUUCCAGUUUUUACUGGUGUGACCUUGUGCCUGUCACCAUCUCUCUGACUACAAAAUAGGGAUGACGUUUGCCUCUUUGGCUUCCAGUUAGUACUGUGAGAAUUACUUGAGAUAAUGAAUGCAAAACUCACUUGUAGCAUGUGUGACAAGUGCCUUUAUUACUCUCUUGAGCAGUGGAAAACAGGUUUGAGCAGAUAGGAUGGGAUCAAAUCGUGGUGGCCUCGAGAACUACACAGACGACUUGAGUGGGUAUAAGGAAGUUUGAGCAAGGAAGUAACGCAUAAUGAAAACAGGUCAGAGGAAGGUUCACCCAGAUGUGACAUAAAGAAUAGGGUUGGGGGAGUUGGCAGGGAGGGAGGGAAGAAGAGACAUGUCAGAAAGACUUUGGUCUCUGUAGCCAUCCCACUUGAAGGCAGGGAUUUCAAGGUUGCAAACCUGAGUGACCAGAAGAAUAACGAUAUCACUAACAGACAGCAAGGUGGGGAAGAGAACUUCAGUUCUCAACAUGCUGUGUUAGAGGUCAUGGCUCAAUGUUCAAGUGGCAGACAGAGAUCGGUUGGGUGUCUGGGAGAUGUGGAGGAAACCUUAGCACAGGUAAGGGUUGGAGCCAGGAGAAUGAAUGAGCUCUCCAGGGGGAGGGUAGAGAGACACAGGGUGUGGGGACCGAGCCAGGACGGGGGAACAAGAAAGUCAGCAGAUGAAACGGUCCUGCAUCACCCAUCAUUUAAAUAGAGAGGCUUGUUUAAGUGGUCCCAGAUUCACCAGGUUUUACAGAGUUCUUUUGCUUUUGUUGGGUAGAACCGAUCCUUGAUUGUGUGUCCUUAAAAGGCAAGCACAAGUCUUUUGUAAUUUUGUGUAGUCUUCCUCAACUUACGAUGGGGUUAAGUCCCAAUAAACACGUCAUAAGUUGAAAAUAUCAUAAGUUAAAAAUGCAUUUAAUACACCUAAGCUACUGAACAUAAGAGCUUAGCCCAACCUACCUUAAACAUGCUCAGAACACUUCCAUUAGCCUACACUUGGGCAAAAUCAUCCAACACAAAGCCUAUUUUUAUAUAAAGUGUCAAAUAUCUCAUGUAAUUUGUUAAGUACUGUACUGAAAGUGAAAGACGGAAUGGUUGUCAGUGUAUCAGUUGUUUACCCUCGUGAUUUCAUGGUUGACUGGGAGCUGCCCUGCCCAGCGUCACAAAAGAAUAUCACA